UUGCUACCAAGAAAAAAGAUGACUGUUGAUACUCUUGUACUUCAUUUACCAUUUUGAAUAAUUUCUGAUUUUAAAGGUAACGCAUCAUUUCCUGUGCAUGCCCAGUGGCCGCUAAGUGUUCUAAUUAUGUGCGACAGAAAGAGCACUUGCAAAUGAGGAGGUAGACUGUGGGUUCUGCCCCCAGAUGCAGACUCCGGCAACCCCAACCCCUGAGACAACCGAGAGGGAUCCUCAUGGCUGAUUUGCACUCUGCGGAUGAUGAGCCGGAGGUGUGGCCGCACACAUUCAGACAGGACAGAAUCUUGUCCUUGUACCCGCCGGCGGUGGCCAACCCCUUCCUGCAGGAGACACACCUCAGCGCGUGGCGCUGGCUCCACACCAUCCUGCUGGGGGCUGUGCUGGUGCCGCUGCGGGUAUCCUGCAUGGUCUUCCUCUUGCUCUUGUUCUGGCCAGUCACCGCUUUACUCGCCACUGGCAUAGCCACUCAAAAAGCCAAGCCCAUCAGGCGUUGGAGGAGAAGACUGUUGAAACCAACCGUCAAGGUCUUGUUUCGGGGGAUCUUCUUUUUGUCAGGGUUCCUAGUGAAAGUGAAAGGGAAAAGGGCGACUCGCACUGAGGCCCCCAUCUUCGUCACCGCGCCGCACUCCACUUUCUUUGACGUCAUCGCCUGCUCGGUGGCGGGAUUGCCCUCGGUGGUCUCGGCCAGCAAAAAUGCGAAGAUUCCACUGGUUGGGAAAAUCCUGCUGUCACUGCAGCCGGUCCUCGUGACUCGAGAAGACCCCAAUUCCAGGAAGACGACCAGGGAAGAGAUCCUGAAGCGAGUGACAUCCAGAAGGAAGUGGCCACAGUUGCUGAUUUUCCCGGAAGGUGUGUGUACCAACCGCUCCUGUCUGGUCACUUUUAAGCUAGGAGCCUUCACGCCAGGGGUCCCUGUGCAGCCAGUGCUGCUCAAGUACCCAAACUCCAUGGACACGGUCACCUGGACCUGGCAGGGGUUUACAGCCUUCCAGGUCUUGAUUUUGACCCUGAGUCAGCCUUUCACCAAGAUAGAAAUUGAGUUUAUGCCUGUUCAUGUUCCAAGUGAGCAAGAAAAAAGAGACCCCGUCCUUUUUGCCAAUACAGUGAGGAUCAAGAUGGCAAACGCUCUCGGGUUGCCGGUCACAGACCAUACCUAUGAAGAUUGCAGACUGAUGAUUUCUGCAGGUAAUCUUCAACUUCCCAUGGAAGCUGGUUUGGUGGAAUUUACAAAACUGAGCCAGAAAUUGAAGUUAGACUGGGAUAAUAUUCAUCAGCAUUUGGAUGAGUAUGCUGCAGUCGCGGUUGCCUCAAAAGGAGGUGUGAUAGGAAUUACAGAGUUUGCAAAUUACCUAAAGCUCCCAGUUUCAGAGCCCUUGAAACAGCUUUUUAACCUCUUUGACAGCAAUAAUGAUGGCUACAUAGACUUCAGAGAAUACGUGAUUGGUCUGACUGUCCUAUGCAAUCCUUCUAACACUGAAAAGAUUCUGAAAUUGUCAUUUAAACUUUUUGAUCUUGAUGAGGAUGGUUUCAUAACAGAACAGGAGUUAACCGCUAUACUUCGGGCAGCUUUUGGAGUGCCAGAUCUCGAUGUUUCUAAACUCUUUCGGGAAAUAGCUGGCAAGAAGUCAGACCGCAUUUCCUACAGGCGCUUCAAGAGAUUUGCCCUGAGGCAUCCACAAUAUACCAAGUUAUUUAAUUCCUACUUAGAUCUCCAGGCAGCCUAUAUAUAUUCAUUACCAUAGUAGGGUUUAAUCACUGUAUUCAAAUGGUAAAGUUAUUCCUGAAAAAUGCAGAUGUAC